UUCUGAGACGAAGGGGAAAAGCCUAGAUAUAGACUGUAGUCACUGUAGUGUAGCCCAUCCAGCCAAUCACACCUGGCCUUAACAGUUUAGACCAAACAAACAAUAAAAGAUAGAAAGUCCACCCCAAAACAGCACGGACAUCCCUCCCUACGAUUUGCAGCGGCUCCGAUCUCCACUCCAGCCACCCUCCUCACUCCUCACUCCUCACCUUCAGCCACACGCAUGCCGCAUUGCUGUCGCUGCUGCUGCUGCUAGCUUUAUUCCACCAACAUAUCUAAGCGUUUGAUUUGUAAUAGUCGUGAAGCUGCUGCUUUGCUCUUCUGAACCAUUUCUAACUGAAACGUCAGCUGUUAAAAGUCAGCUCAUCUAAAGACAGCACACAUAAUUGCUACAGUUGAUGACACUGUCACAGUCGAUUCUUCUAAAGAAUAUUGAAAAUUUUGGCUCAUCUGAAGGCAAUUUUGGCAAUGUUAAGUACUUAUUAAUGUCACUAAGGGUGAAGUAUGACGACAAUGAAAUUUCCAAAGCGUUACUUAGUCGUCAUAUUGACCUUCAUCAGCACAUCCGUUUGCUAUAUAGAACGUGUCGGGUUUUCAAUUGCAUACACUGUUGCCGCUGAUGCUGCUGGGGUAAAUCAAUCAAGUAAAGGCACAAUUCUUUCUACAUUCUAUUAUGGCUAUGCUUGUUCACAAGUGCCUGGUGGCUGGGCAGCUCAGAAAAUCGGGGGAAGGAAGGUUCUUCUCCUUUCAUUUGUGUUAUGGUCAUCGACUUGUGCAUUGAUUCCUUUGGACCCCAAUCGAGUCUUUGUCAUGGUGAUUGCUAGAUUGCUUGUUGGUGUUGCACAAGGUUUCAUCUUCCCCUCAAUCCACACAGUUCUAGCACAGUGGGUUCCACCACAUGAAAGAUCCAGAUCUGUUUCUCUUACAACUUCUGGUAUGUACCUAGGUGCUGCGGCGGGAAUGCUUUUCCUUCCAAGCCUUGUAAAAUAUAGAGGCCCCCAAUCCGUCUUUCUUGCUGAGGCAGCACUAGGAGCCAUGUGGUCUUUGCUUUGGUUUAAGUAUGCCAGUGACCCACCUCGCUCUGAACAUCCAAAAGCCACAGCUGCUGGUUUCGGGGAAUCAAUGCUGCCAAUCAAAGGAAGUCAAAAGUUGAAACUAGAAAAUGGAGGAAGUUCUGUCAGAACUGCCAAAAUUCCAUGGAAGAAAAUUUUACUCAGUUUGCCAGUCUGGGCAAUUGUGGUUAAUAAUUUCACGUUCCAUUAUGCUUUAUAUGUGUUAAUGAACUGGCUGCCGACAUACUUUGAAUUGGGCCUCCAGCUUAGCCUUCAGGAAAUGGGUUCUUCUAAGAUGUUGCCGUAUCUCAACAUGUUUAUUUUCUCAAAUAUAGGUGGGGUGGUUGCUGAUCACUUGGUCACCAAGAGAAUCUUGUCUGUGACUAGAACCCGGAAACUCUUGAACACCAUCGGGUUCAUAGUUGCUUCUAUUGCAUUGAUGGCAAUUCCCAUAUUCAGAACAUCUGGUGGGGCUGUUCUCUGCUCUUCUGUGGCCCUUGGUUUCUUGGCCCUUGGGAGAGCUGGUUUUGCAGUGAAUCACAUGGAUAUUGCCCCGAGAUACGCAGGCAUUGUGAUGGGAGUUUCUAACACUGCUGGUACGUUAGCUGGCAUUAUUGGAGUUGAUCUGACCGGAAAACUUCUUGAAGCUGCAAGAACUGUUGAUUCGAGUCUUUCAAGUGCAGAGAGCUGGAGAGUGGUGUUUUUCAUUCCGGGUUUGCUUUGCAUUUUUAGUUCUUUAGUAUUUUUACUAUUCUCAACAGGGGAGAGAAUUUUUGACUGAGAUAGGCUUUUGCAUGCGAACCUCUCGAAGCUCCUCAAUAGGUGUUCGGAUUCUUCAUUUAUAAUUGUUUGUGCAAUGAGGCUGCUGAUGUAGUGUAGCAUAUAAUUGUUCCCUUGGGAAAACAUAUGAACUUAAAAGCGCCCAUAAAAGAUUGGUAUCUAGAAAUAGCAGGUCAAAUGUGGGGAUUACAAUGUAUGCUUAAUAAGCUCUCUGAUUGC